UGUGUACGAGGCCUAACAGGACAAUAACUCUGAAAGAAUGGUAAGUUUAGUCAGAUAACAGUGUCGCCCAUGGAUACAUUUGGGGACACCACGCACUAAGGUUUAUAAACUAUACUCUAUAAAACCAGAUGACAAAUAAUUUCCGCAUUGAGCACACGUUGUCACCACACUGAGACCCCUGUUUGUUUGUAAUAACCUAACACAUCUCGGGCACACUUUGUUGAGCAAAUAGUAGUGUAAGAGCUUUGUUGUUUGGUGAGAAAAGCAGAACACAUUAGUCACAAGUCAGCACUCCAUAAAAGAAACCAGGCGGUCACGAUCAAGGCAUUGCCUUCAACAGUAGCAGAAAAACCACAGAAGUAGGGUCAGUCUUGUGUAAUACAGAUAUGCAGGGUGCCUGGUUCUUGAUUGUGUGCUGUUAUUGCCUGGUGGUCAUCAGGUUAACAUUUUCAGAGAAGCUCUUCUACCGUAGGGACCAUUCGGAUUUACAGUCAUCCAAUUUCCAGCAGGCUGAGCUGGUAACAGAUAUCAUCUCUGCACAGCAAUAUCUGGCAAAAUAUGGCUGGACAGAGCCAGUAAUUUGGGAGGAAACACAAGCCAGUAAUACUGAACCACUAAAAGACACCAGCCUUAUGGAGGAGGCGGUAAGAAGUACAGGAAAGCGCUCCGCAGAACCUACUAAAAGCCCCCAGUUUGUUGAAGUGCUGAAAAAAUUUCAGAAGCUCAAUAACUUGCCCACCACUGGAAGGCUUGACGACGCCACCAUCAAUGCCAUGAAUAAGCCAAGGUGUGGAGUACCAGACAACCAGGUCUCAAAAGCCAGUCAGGAAAACCCUAGAACACCAAAUAAAGGCACCAUGCCAAGCCAAGGUGCGGAUGCUCCAAAAACUCGCCGGAAAAGGUUCUUGGACUUGUUAAUGAACUCAGAGAAGAACAGAAAAGAACAGGAGGCAUUCCAGAAUUCUGGAGGAAGAGUGUUCAACAAAAAGCUGCUGAAGUGGCGGAUGAUCGGAGAAGGGUACAGCAGUCAGUUGUCCAUCAAUGAGCAGAGAUAUGUCUUCAGGCUAGCCUUCCGUAUGUGGAGUGAAGUCAUGCCUGUGGAUUUUGAAGAGGACAACACAUCCCCUUUAUCACAAAUAGACAUCAAGCUUGGAUUUGGAAAAGGUCGGCACUUGGGCUGUUCCAGAGCAUUCGACGGCUCCGGGCAAGAAUUUGCUCAUGCCUGGUUCCUGGGGGACAUCCAUUUCGAUGACGAUGAGCAUUUUACAGCUCCAAGCAGUGACAAUGGCAUUAGUCUUUUAAAGGUGGCGGUUCAUGAAAUUGGCCAUGUCCUCGGACUAUCUCAUAUCCACAGAACCGGAUCCAUAAUGCAGCCCAAUUACAUUCCGCAGGAGUCUGGCUUUGAAUUGGACUGGUCUGAUAGGAGAGCAGUGCAGAGUCUAUACGGCUCGUGUGAAGGACCCUUUGACACUGUGUUUGAUUGGGUGAGGAAGGAGAGGAACCAGUUCGGAGAGAUGGUAGUGCGAUACAACACGUACUUCUUCCGGAAUAGCUGGUACUGGAUGUAUGAGAACAAAAAUAACAGAACGCGGUACGGAGAUCCCCUGGCGGUUUCCACUGGUUGGCAAGGAAUACCUACGCAGAAUAUUGACGCCUUUGUACACGUCUGGACCUGGACCAGGGAUGACUGUUACUUCUUCAAAGGAACCCAGUACUGGCGAUAUGAUGGUGAGAAUGAUAAAGCCUACGCUGCGGAUGCUCAGGGAAGGACCUACCCCAGACUCAUCUCUGAGGGCUUUCCCGGAAUUCCCAGUCCCAUCAAUGCUGCAUAUUUUGAGAGAAGAACUCAACAAAUAUUGUUUUUUAAGGACUUCCAGGUGUACGCCUUUGACAUCAACAGAAACCGCAUUGCUCCAAUAUUCCCCAAGAGAAUUGUUGACUUCUUCCCAGCAGUUGUAAAGAAUAACCACCCAAUGGGUCACCUGGAUGCUGCAUAUUAUUCAUACACCUACAACUCCCUCUUCCUGUUUAAAGGGAAGGAUUUCUGGAAAGUGCUUAGCGAUAAAGACAGGAGAUCAAAUCCCUCCCUGCCCCAGAAUGGAGUUCUGCCACGCCGAGCCAUAUCUGAGCAAUGGUUUGAUAUAUGUAAUGUGCACACAACACUUCUGAGGCUAUAACCCUGGAGUAUUAGACUGUGCAUUGCUUGGAAAGAAUGACAAGUGGGGAUUUACACGCCACGCAUUACUACAGGAAAACUGAGAAUAAUUUAUACUCUGGACAUCAUCCUGCAGCUGUUGAGGAACUUCCAGCUUGAGUUGCCAGCAAGAAGAGCAGACACUUAUGCCCGGUACACACGAUCGGUUCGUCUGAUGGACCGUUUUCAUCGGACGAAA